AAACACGUCCUGGAAUCCGGAAGUUGCCCUGGCAGCUUUUAACCCGCCAACAUGUUUUGCUAACGUAAAGCAAAAAAAAAAACACUACUUUGGUUGCAGAAAUACUUUUGAAAGAGAUGAAGUUUGGAUCUUUGUAGGUGACGCUGGAGCUGCAUUACAAGCCAAAAUGAGUCUAGCGCGGAUCCACGACAGGCAACACAUCAAGACCUUCUGGGAGAACCGGAUCCAUGUCCAUGACGAGCACGCCACCUGCGAGGAGCAGAGGAGGAACGCCAGCGCCCUCCACAAGCAGAGAAUCCACCGCCAGACAACAAGGUGGCGCAACCAAACUUGGCUGCGCGGGGAGUGGCUAACUCACCUGGAGAAGCGCAACACGCACCUGAAGAACCUGAAGGAACCUCUUGUCCACCAGAUGAAGCUUUAACUCAAUAAAUGUUCCCCAUGUCCUGAAACAUGUCAGCUUUCCUUCCACCAGUCUUCCC